GUGAACCCUCUUACGCAAUUCACACUUCCCCCUCUACUCUCUCUCUCUCUCUCUCUCUCUCUGUUUCUCAUCACCGAACAACCAAAAAAAUUCCUUCUCUCUCUCUCUCCUCUUCAUAUCCUAGGGUUCAUCGAUUUAUCUAUGCAUACAAUGCACGCUGCUUUCUCUCUCUGUGCAUCAUUUGUUUAUCUCUAAGAAAGAGAGAGAAAGAGAGAGGUGACACCAUUGAUCAGAGGAACGAACAGAGGAGGUCCGAAAGUAACGUUAUAUUUACGCUAUAUUCAAUUCCAAGAUUGAUUCCUCUUUCAUUAUCAUCAUUCAUUUUCUUCGCCAUUGGAAGCUCCGGAAGUGAUAUCUGUUACUUCGGAUUGAAUUUUAGAUAACAAAAUAGCCAUGUAUUCCGACCUGGUGGAAAUUGCACCAAGGGAACUCAAGUUCAUAUUUGAACCAAAGAAGCAAAGCUCUUGCACUAUUCGACUAAUUAAUAAGUCCCAAAAUCAUGUUGCUUUUAAGGUCAAGACUACCAGUCCAAAGAAAUAUUGUGUUAGACCAAAUACAGGAAUUAUUAAGCCAAGAGCAUCCUGUGAUUUUACAGUGACCAUGCAGGCACAAAAGGCACCUCCUCCUGAUAUGGCGUGCAAGGAUAAGUUCUUAGUUCAAUGCACAGUUGUGGCGGAGGAGACUGUUGAGGAGGAUAUUACAUCAGCCAUGUUUUCAAAAGAUGAUGGCAAAUAUGUUCAAGAAAAUAAGAUGAGAGUGAUCCUUGUCAGUCCACCUGGUUCACCUGUUUUAUCACCAAUCAAUGUACAACACAGUGAUCUUCCAAGUUACAUAGAUUCACCACGAGAAGAUCAAGUACAUGGUAAUGAAAAUAUCUGUUCAUAUCAAGAAGGAGAUGUCAAUGGAGUACAUAACCACAAUGGAAGAUACCAAGAAUCAUUGACCAGAGAUCAAGUAAACCCCCUCAAUCAAAAUACACCGAAGGAACUGGAUGAGAAUGUAAAGGAGUUUAGAAAGGAAAAUGCUGACAUGCAAAUGGAGGGAAAGCAUGCGCAGUUGGAGACGAGGAAGCAUGAUGAAGAGAUGGACUUAGUCAAGGAUGUUGCAAGCAUGAAGUCAAAAAUAAUUGAACUUGAACGAAAAUUAAGUGAGGCCAAAGACACCAUCUCAAGGCUAACAGAGGAGAGGAAAUCUACCGCUCAAGAAAGAGAGAGCUUACAAAGAGAACUGGUCAUGUUGACAAGUAAGAAAGGCGGAAGAAAAGUGCGGGUUGGAUUUCCGCUCCUCUAUGUGGUUACUGUAGCCUUUAUUAGUAUGGUGUUUGGUUACCUUAUGCAUUACUGAUCGAAGCAUUUAAUACACCGCUGCGACUGAAAGGUUAUUAUGUCUAUCUUGAUAGACAGUUUUUCCUUCACAAAGCCCCUAUCUGUUCAAUCUAACACUGAGGAUCAAAUAUGUUGUUGUAUUGACUAGUAGAGUAUAUCAAGUGUUGUAAAUGCUGUUUUUAGAUGGAAUAAAGUGUAAUAAUCUCCGUCUACUACCCAAGCCUGCAUCAUCGCAGCAGGUAGAGGAGUUGGGUAUCUUUUUGCUGGAAGUGUUAAUUAUAUUGAUGGUUUUGUGA